AUGCUUUUUAUAUGGAAAUGUCAAUUGUUUAUUGUGGUCUUGCUGUUAUUGGAACAAACUGCUUUGGGUCAACACACCUCUUUGGUCAGUUUUGGAUCAAAUUUAAGGAAUUUUCGUGCCAUUUUUCUUAAUGUUAUGGGUAGAUCGGGAGAUGAUCCACGCAAUUUAGAAAUGUCACAUCGGAGAGGGAAAACCCAAAAAAUGGAUCGUGUAUCACGCUCUCUAUUGAAAUUUUGUGAUGCCAAAAAUGGUCCCGGUAAACGUAGCGCUGAGCCUCCCACCUCUGUACAUCGUUUGCGUCCGGGUGAUAUUGAUAUUAUAGGUGCCAUGGGUGAUUCUUUAACAGCUGGAAAUGGCAUUUUUGCAAAUAAUAUUUUGCAUACUGUACAAGAGAAUCGUGGAGUUAGUUGGUCAAUAGGUGGCCAAGGUACCUGGCAGCAAUAUUUUACUUUGCCUAAUGUCCUGAAGGAAUUUAAUCCAAAUUUAUAUGGUUAUGCCUUAAAGGAUGGUUUGAGUACAGAGAGGACAUCACUAUCUAUCUAUUCCAUUUUCAGAUUCAAUGUCGCCGAAUUGGGUGCCAUGUCGCGUGAUAUGCCUUAUAUGGCGAAAAUUUUAGUAAAACGUCUCAAACAUGAUCCUCACGUCAAUAUGACCCACCAUUGGAAACUAGUCACUCUCCUAAUAGGCAAUAAUGAUUUCUGUUCUGAUGUCUGUUUUUAUCCGAAUCCCAUGAAAGCUAUUGAAUAUCAUGAACAAAAUAUGUUGAAAACCUAUCGUUACUUAAGGGAUAAUGUGCCACGCUUAAUGCUAAAUGUAGUGCCCGCACCCAAUUUACUGUUAUUGACCCGACUCAAAGGUUUGCCUCUACAGUGUAGCACUACUCUGAGAUUUGAGUGUCCCUGUAUUAUAGGUAAAACAAAGAAACAAAUGGAAUAUAUGGGUAAAUUAAUGGAUAAAUGGGUGGAAAAGGAUAUAGAGAUUGUUAAUCGAAAGGAAUUUAAUUCAGAGACUUUUACCAUUAAUAUACAACAUUUUACCAAGAAUUUUAUUUUCCCUACUCUGGCCAAUGGUAAUACCGAUAUUUCUUAUACUUCCGAGGAUUGUUUCCAUAUCAGUCAAAGGGGUCAUGCAGCAAGCGCCAAUUCCUAUUGGAAUAAUCUUUUUGAAAAAGCUGGCGAAAAGUCCUCCUUUUCUCCUAAAUUAUACUCGAAAUUAUUGUGUCCCACGGAGGAGCAUCCCUUUAUAAUGACACGUGUCAAUAGUCGAGAUGAUUUCCGAAUUUAAAAUUUUAACAAAAUUUUUUUAUAUUUGCUCUAUAACUGUGAUAAUGACUUUAGUCUUAUAUUGUAAUAUUUUUAAUACUUUUAAGAAGUAAAAUAAAUAAAUUAAUUAAAUUAAUAAAAAGAAAUAAUUGGAUUUUCAAAUGAA